AUGUGGAAGGAUUCCAGCAAUGAUGAUGUCAGAUCUGUGGCUUCCAGUGGCGGCUCCUCUCGCAGCGCCAGCCGCAGGAAGAGGACCUGUUUCUCUAAAGAACACGUGGAGCUCCUGCGAGCCACCUUCGAGACAGACCCGUACCCGGGCAUCAGCCUCAGAGAGAGCCUGUCCCAGACCACAGGUCUACCUGAGUCACGCAUCCAGGUGUGGUUUCAAAACCGAAGAGCUCGUACCCUAAAGUGCAGAGGAGCCAAAAAAGCUCUGUGGCAGUCUGACAGUCCGGGCCAUGAAGUUUUUUCUCCACCUCAUCUUGCUGCCAACAGGGGGCCACUGGCUGUCCCUCUGCAGCCUCAACGGCCUCCACCAGCCUACCCAACUCAGGUGAAGAAGGAGAUGGAGGAGGGCAGCUACUAUGAGCAGUGUCCUCCUCCUUACGCCACCUCUGAGGAGAGUGGACAGUACAGUUCCAUGUAUGGACUCCAACAAGGAAGACAGCUUGGCGACACCACCAGUCCACCAUUGAAGUGUUACUGGCCUCAGCCAGGCAGCCAGACCUCUCCUGUACCAUCUUUGUGGUGCAGAUCUCCUCUUGAGAGACAAGGCUACAGCUCAAGCUCCAACCAGGCAGCCUUCAUGUAUCCAGGUUCUGCAGAGCAGCAGAUGUUCGUGACCCCAUCCGCCUCCCAGUCCUCCACUCCGGACACGACUGAUUCUGGAUACUGGGACGUCAGCCUGGAGAACAGCCCACCUCUGGAAGGUCAGUAUGUACAGAUGGAGGAUUCGUGGAGUUGGGCUGCGACGGAGGACAACAGAGAGUCGGGACAACCGGCGUUGAUCCAGCACACCCCCCUGCCCGUCCUGUCCCUGCAGGAGAUUCUGGGGGAGUUGAAUGAGGACUGGCUGGGAGGAGAAACCGUGGACAGCUGCACAGAUGGAGGAGUAAACCAUCCUCUGCUAAAGACUCUGUGAAAACAAUAUGCAGCAGACAUUUAGAGAUCAGAUGUAUAAUUUUAAAUUUCAGAUUUUUCUGUGCUGCUUACCAAGUUUCUGCUCUGAUGUUGGACAUGAAAUCCAUAUCUUCAAAAUCUUACAAUAUCUCUUUUUUGUUGGUUUUUUUUCCUACAGUGACA